UCCAACUUUGAUUCUGAUUUCUGCCAUGGGUGAGAGUGAGGUGAAGGUGAUUGGAAAAUGGUCAAGCCCUUAUGCUAUGAGGGUGAAGAUUGCCCUCAGAAUCAAGUCCAUUGAACAUGAACACUUUGAAGAGACCUUGAACCCCAAGAGUGAUCUUCUUCUCAAGUCUAAUCCUGUGUAUGCCAGGGUCCCUGUUCUAAUCCACCAUGGCAAACCCAUCUCUGAGUCUCUCAUCAUAGUUGAAUACAUUGAUGAGACUUGGUCCAAUAAUAACUCUCCUUCAAUCCUUCCUUCUGAUCCUUAUGACAGAGCAAUUGCUCGCUUUUGGGCCACUUAUAUAGAUGAAAAGUGGUUUCCUUCCAUGAAGAGCAUUAUAACUGUUGAAACAGAAGAAGAGAGGGAGCCAUAUUAUAAGGUGAUGGAAGAAGUGGUUGAGAGGGUGGAAGAGGCUUUUGGGAAGUGCAGCAAAGGGAAGCCCUUCUUUGGUGGGGAUAGUGUUGGAUUCCUUGACAUUGCUUUUGGGAGCUUCUUAGGGUGGCUCCAUGUCACAGAAUCUUUGUAUGGAAGGAAGGUUCUUGUUGAGGCAAAGGCUCCUUCUUUGGUGAAAUGGGCUGAGAGAUUUGCUGAUGAUCCUGCUGUGAAGGGGCUUAUUCCUGAUCAUGACAAGCUUCUUGAGAUUUCCAAGCCUCUUCAGAUCAAAUGGAGAGCUUUAGCUGCUGUUGGCAAGAAAUAUUGAAUAAGAAUGAGAAAUUGUUGCAUGCUCAUAGACCGGAAACUUAGGCGAAUUGUGUUCCAUCUACUCAUAGAAUGGCAUGGGUCAGUUUCGUUUGAAAUGCCGCUCUAUCAAUGAAUAGAUGGAGCAUAAUCCGCCUUAGUGCGCUUUGCGAGCGUGCAAUUAUUAUUUCUCGAGAGAAUUUGGAGUGGGAUUUGCUAGUACAAAUGAUCAAAGAUUGUGUGAAAAAUAAAGUAGAAUUGCAUUGAUCUAUUUUCCUCUGUUUUUGAGCUUUAAAGUUGUUAUCUCAUUUUUAGUGACAGUUCCAUGUAUCAAGUUACUGGUUUGCUUAGAUGAUUCAAUGUUAUGUAACUGUCCUGAUCAACAACUCUCAUUAUCUGAUAACAGUUAAACAACAUUGCUUAAUUCCUUUUAACUGCAAGGUUUGAAGUUUGAACAAUGAUGAUUCAUUUUGGUUUA